UGUCAUUUCUGCAUAAUUAGCUCAUAAUACAAUAAUCCAAACAACUUGCGCACCUUUAAUAUUGAAGAGACGUAAAGAUAACAAUUUGGAAAAGUACUGUUGUUAUCAAUUUCUGACGGUGAUAAUUGUGUGUUUGAAAUGAACAAUGUUUUGUCUUUAGGUGCUUAUUACGAUACCAGUCCUAGGAAUUGGGAGGACUCUUCCAUUAACUGCCAGCAAUUAGGAGCCUGGGACGAGGGAAAAUUCAGUACUACGGGCCUCAGGGUGCCAACUCGUCCCCAGGGAUUCCCUAUUGAUCAGUUUUUUUGGGUUGGUGCUCGUGUUCAACAGACUCCGUGGUUUACACACUUGGGAUGUUUUGAAACCCAAGGAGCUCCAGAAGAGCUAGAUAUUUCAAAUGAAACGAACCCUACCUUUACUUGCUAUUUGUUUUGUGCCAGUUUCAGGAUCUACCUAACGAUGGGUAUAUCACGUAAGACCUGCUAUUGCUAUGACGAUGUCCAGAAAUACCGUCUGCCGAACGAACAGUGCAGAUACGAGACAUUUCCCGACAACCCAGAUGAAUUGUAUGGUGCGCCGAACUCCGGAAGUGUGAUCGUAUUCACAUAUCAUCAACAGAGGCCGGUGUCAGACACAAACGACUUUGGAAAUUGCGCCAGCUUGAGAUAUCUAGGUGUGUUUCCGGUAAAACAUUAUUAUUCCUCCUGUCUGAACAGAAUUGGGAUCUUCUGCACAAAUGGACAGACAUCGGGGUCGGCACAGCUAUCCUGGACUGAGGCAGUCAAACAAUGUGGUACCAUGAAAACAGAUCUGAAUGGGUAUUACACUGGCCUGACAGAUUCUGUCAAGUAUUAUCCAUUGUGGACAGGGUUUUACAGACGUAGCAUCGAGCAAUGGACACCACCCAAAAUCCAGACAUAUAAUGACGUCAAUCUGCAUUCCUUUCAUUGUGUAGCGGUGAAGGUAAAUGAUGAUGGGACACUGUUCCAAAUCUCAUAUCCCCAACUCUGUACAAGGACAUUGCCGUCGAUAUGUGAAAAGUCAACAAGAGUGGAUGGAAACUGGGCGUCAUGGGGAACGUGGAGCAAAUGUCCUGUGACUUGUGGUGGUGGCAUAGAACAAAGGGAGAGAACCUGUACCAAUCCUCCACCUAAACAUGGAGGAAGUAACUGUGUUGGUGAUGCUUCGGAAACCAGACCAUGCAACACCCAGCCUUGUCCAGUUGAUGGCAGUUGGUCUCGCUGGACGAGUUGGAGCAAGUGUUCAAAUGUUUGUGGUAAUGGUCGUCAAAUUAGAAGUAGGUCAUGUGAUAACCCAGCGCCAGAUCACGGAGGGACUAAUUGUGAAGGAAGUAGCUUCGAACAACGGGAAUGCAUCGGCUGCCCGGCUAACAAAAAUGUAACUAAUUGGUCCGCCUGGGGAUCGUGCUCUGUGACAUGUGGAACUGGGACAAGCAGACGUAAUAGAUCGUGUGGUCUGACGACAGAGGAGUCCGAAAAGCACAACUGUUGGUUUUCAGAAACAGAAACAAGAACUUGCAUCUUAAAUCCAUGUCCAGUUGAUGGUAGUUGGACGGCUUGGUCUGACUGGAGCGAUUGUUCUAACAUAUGUGGUACUGGUCAACAAUCUAAAACUCGCACAUGCACCAACCCUAAGCCAGAGCAUGGUGGAAAACUGUGUGAAGGAGACAGUACUGAUCAGAGAACGUGUGUAGGUUGUCCGGCAAAUAAAAAAGUUACGGAAUGGUCUUCAUGGAGUACGUGUUCAACAACCUGUGGUCCUGGAAACCAGAGUAGAUACCGAAAAUGUAACUUGACGGAAGAGGAAUCCAAUGAGUACAACUGUAAAUUUCAUGAGACUGAAGGAAGGCAAUGCUACAUCAGGCCCUGUCCAAUUGAUGGCGGUUGGACCCAAUGGUCUUCAUGGGGUGGCUGUUCGAAUAACUGUGGACACGGGGAGGAAAUUCGAACGAAAACUUGUGAUGACCCGAAACCAGAGAAUGGGGGCAAACCUUGUACAGGGGAAGGAUCUGAAAAGCGGAAAUGCAUUGGAUGUCCAGACGGGAAGGUGGUGACUCAGUGGUCUUCCUGGGGACAGUGCUCGGUGACCUGUGGAAAUGGGAACCAAUCAAGAUCUAGAGAUUGUGACUUGACAAGCACUGAAGCUGAUAAAUAUCAGUGUUAUUUCAGUGAUGAAGAGAACAAACUAUGCAUCAAGCCAGGUUGUCCAAUUGAUGGAGGUUGGUCGCAAUGGUCUUCAUGGGGUGGCUGUUCCAAUAACUGUGGACACGGGGAGGAAAUUCGAACGAGAACUUGUGAUGACCCGAAACCAGAGAAUGGAGGGAAACCUUGUACAGGGGAAGGAUCUGAAAAGCGGAAAUGCAUUGGAUGUCCAGACGGGAAGAUGGUGACUCAGUGGUCUUCCUGGGGACAGUGUUCGGUGACCUGUGGAAAUGGGAACCAAUCAAGAUCUAGAGAUUGUGACUUGACAAGCACUGAAGCUGAUAAAUAUCAGUGUUAUUUCAGAGAUGAAGAGAACAAACUAUGCAUCAAACCAGGUUGUCCAAUUGAUGGAGGUUGGUCGCAAUGGUCUUCAUGGGGUGGCUGUUCCAAUAACUGUGGACACGGGGAGGAAAUUCGAACGAAAACUUGUGAUGACCCGAAACCAGAGAAUGGAGGGAAACCUUGUACAGGGGAAGGAUCUGAAAAGCGGAAAUGCAUUGGAUGUCCAGACGGGAAGGUGGUGACUCAGUGGUCUUCCUGGGGACAGUGCUCGGUGACCUGUGGAAAUGGGAACCAAUCAAGAUCUAGAGAUUGUGACUUGACAAGCACUGAAGCUGAUAAAUAUCAGUGCUAUUUCAGAGAUGACGAGAACAAACUAUGCAUCAAGCCAGGUUGUCCAAUUGAUGGAGGUUGGUCGCAAUGGUCUUCAUGGGGUGGCUGUUCCAAUAACUGUGGACACGGGGAGGAAAUUCGAACGAGAACUUGUGAUGACCCGAAACCAGAGAAUGGAGGCAAAUCUUGUACAGGGGAAGGAUCUGAAAAGCGGAAAUGCAUUGGAUGUCCAGACGGGAAGGUGGUGACUCAGUGGUCUUCCUGGGGACAGUGCUCGGUGACCUGUGGAAAUGGGAACCAAUCAAGAUCUAGAGAUUGUGACUUGACAAGCACUGAAGCUGAUAAAUAUCAGUGUUAUUUCAGAGAUGAAGAGAAAAAACUAUGCAUCAAGCCAGGUUGUCCAAAUGAUGGAGGUUGGUCGCAAUGGUCUUCAUGGGGUGGCUGUUCCAAUAACUGUGGACACGGGGAGGAAAUUCGAACGAGAACUUGUGAUGACCCGAAACCAGAGAAUGGGGGCAAACCUUGUACAGGGGAAGGAUCUGAAAAGCGGAAAUGCAUUGGAUGUCCAGACGGGAAGGUGGUGACUCAGUGGUCUUCCUGGGGACAGUGCUCGGUGACCUGUGGAAAUGGGAACCAAUCAAGAUCUAGAGAUUGUGACUUGACAAGCACUGAAGCUGAUAAAUAUCAGUGUUAUUUCAGAGAUGACGAGAAAAAACUAUGCAUCAAGCCAGGUUGUCCAAUUGAUGGAGGUUGGUCGCAAUGGUCUUCAUGGGGUGGCUGUUCGAAUAACUGUGGACACGGGGAGGAAAUUCGAACGAAAACUUGUGAUGACCCGAAACCAGAGAAUGGGGGCAAACCUUGUACAGGGGAAGGAUCUGAAAAGCGGAAAUGCAUUGGAUGUCCAGACGGGAAGGUGGUGACUCAGUGGUCUUCCUGGGGACAGUGCUCGGUGACCUGUGGAAAUGGGAACCAAUCAAGAUCUAGAGAUUGUGACUUGACAAGCACUGAAGCUGAUAAAUAUCAGUGUUAUUUCAGAGAUGACGAGAAAAAACUAUGCAUCAAGCCAGGUUGUCCAAAUGAUGGAGGUUGGUCGCAAUGGUCUUCAUGGGGUGGCUGUUCCAAUAACUGUGGACACGGGGAGGAAAUUCGAACGAGAACUUGUGAUGACCCGAAACCAGAGAAUGGAGGCAGACCUUGUACAGGGGAAGGAUCUGAAAAACGGAAAUGCAUUGGAUGUCCAGACGGGAACGUGGUGACUCAGUGGUCUUCCUGGGGACAGUGCUCGGUGACCUGUGGAAACGGGAACCAAUUAAGAUUUAGAGAUUGUGGCUUGACAAGCACUGAAGCAGAUAAAUAUCGGUGUUAUUUCAGAGAUGAAGAGAACAAACUAUGCAUUAAGCCAGAAUGCCCAGAGCCAAUAAGGAAAACUGUCAUUCUCCAUUGGUACUAUUUAAGAAAAUAUUAAAUGCUAUGGAGAAACUCCCGCUCGCACCGGUAAGUGAGAAAGUUUCCCAGUUUACUUUCGGAAGGUCGGUGGUCUCUUCCCAUGUACAUUGUAUCUGGGUUCUCUCUUCCACCAAUAAAAACUGGGCGCCACCAGAUAACUGAAAAAUUGUUGAGUGUGGCGGAAAACAUCAACAAAUCAAUCGAUCAAUCAAUUAGACGAUUUGUGUUAUAGUAUAUGCAAAAAGUCGUGUAGAUCGAAUCUACAUUAUCAAAAAUUCCAAUAAAGGUUUAGUCAAUUUGAAAUCGGACAACCUUCUGCAAUAGAAAUGGAUGUAGUAAAUAUUCAUAUCUUGUAAUGAUUCAUCCCCCCCCCCAAAAGUCUGUUAAUCACCAGUCUGAAUUUACGCAAUUGUACUACGAAGUUGAUAUCAAAUAGGUGGCGGAGUUCUUCAUUGGCAAUAUCUACGUAAUCGUGGUCUUCCUUCUUUACACAGUCGGGUGACUUGUCAGUGGGUACGAAUAGUUCUCCGUAAUUAGCUUACGUGUGUUUUGUCUUAAAAGGCAGAAUUUAUUCAGAAAUUUCUACAAGAGGAAAUCUCUCGUUGAUAUCUUCUACUGGAUAUUUAGAUGCUUCGAUGACGUUUCAAAUAUCAAUAAUAUUCAAUUUUAAUCAUAUGUCGAUUCGAUAUCACCUAGUGAACUUGAAAUAAAAGGCAUCACCGUCUUCAAUAUCUUUUUUUAACAUAAACGUUAAUGGCAAAAUAACAAGUCAAAUUUCUGACGAAAGGAAUGAUUUUAACUUCUUCAUUGUCCACAUCCUACAUUGAUGAGGAAAUAU